CUUCACUACGCGCAUAGACGUCAAAAAAAGUAAAAGUCAAAUAUUUCAAAAUGGCGUCAGCAUCUCUGUUGUCAAAGUACUGAAGUAAGAUGCUGUAAUUACGGAAUUUUUAGAAUUUGAUCGCAUAGAAGUCAGAAAUUACUUUCUUUUUCAGCGUUGAUCACAGCGCGUCAUGGCUACACCAGCGAACUACAAACAAAACACAUCAAUGUCGAUGCCAAGUCCUCAAAGCAAUCCGCACUACAUGAUUGCGGGGCCCCCAAUGAGUUUCGGUAUGAUGAAAGGCGGUAUGAAUGCACCGCCACACCAUAACCAAUACCAGUACCACCCGCAAUACCAAGGUGGUCCCCCGAUGGGCCACGGGGGUGGGUACGGAUGGCAACCCGCACCGCAACAACCCCGUUUCGGUGCAGAGAGCACGCGGCGCGCCGCGUCGGGGGCGGCGCAGGGCGCACAAGCCGGCAAGGAUGAUAAGACCAGCCCCUUCGUAUCCACCUUGCAUUCGCACCCUGGAUUUCAACCACAGAAGAUCGGGAAAGGAGCUGGUGCGGGCGCCGGCCUGCCCAAGCCCCCGAAGCCGCCAGAGAAGCCCCUCAUGCCGUACAUGCGCUACUCUCGCCGCGUCUGGGACAGUGUGAAGGCAGCCCACCCAGACCUCAAGCUGUGGGAGAUCGGCCGCAUCAUUGGAGGCAUGUGGAGGGAUCUCCCAGAGUCAGAGAAGGCUGUGUUUGUCGAUGAAUAUGAAGCGGAGAAGUCGGAGUACGAAAAGAGCCUCAAGGCGUACCACAACUCGCCCGCCUACCAGGCGUACAUCGCGGCCAAAAAUAAGGCCGUAGUAGUAGGGAACUUGGAGGAAGAGAGCUCCAGCAAGAAGGGGAGCUCGCAGAAGGAACAGCAACAACAAGACAGACGGAUUGAUAUUCAGCCUGCAGAGGAUGAGGAAGACCAAGACGAAGGUCUUUCAGUGAAGCACAUCGCCUACGCGCGCUACUUACGCAACCACCGCCUCAUCAACGAAAUAUUCAGCGACACGGUCGUGCCCGAUGUCCGCUCCGUUGUCACCACGGCCAGAAUGCAGAUCCUGAAAAAGCAAGUGCUCUCUCUGACGAUGCACCAGAAGAAGCUGGAAGAUGAGCUCCAGCAGAUCGAGGAGAAGUUCGAGGCCAAGAAACGCAAGUUCAUCGAGAGCAGCGAGGCCUUCCAGGAGGAACUGAAAAAGCACUGCAAGCCGGCGGUGGACGAGGACACGUUCCAGCGCAUGGUGGAGCGCGCGCUGGAGCAGCUGCGGCGCGGCGGCGCGCCCGCGCACGCGCUCGUCAGCGUCGAGAGGAAGGACGAGCCCAUGGACCAAGAUCAAAACGCCAUCAAACAAGAAAGCAACGGGCCCAACCCUCCCACGCAAGUGGACAAAGUGUCCACCACGGAAGUGAAGCCGGACGGAGAGAAUAAGACCACCACAGAGUUGAAUAAGACCGAGCCCGAUGUGAAGAAGGAGGAAAAUGGACAUGCCGAGGAAGGGGAGCGCAAGGAGCCCGCGCCGGACGUGAAGAGCGAGCCGGCGCCGCCGCCGCACCACGCAGCGAUGAUGAUGGCGCCCGCCCCCAGCGCCGCGCCGCCCGGCCCGCCGCCGCCCGGGGCGGUGGGGUACGCGUACGCGCCGCGCUACUACCCGGGCUACCCGCAGUUCCCGGCCGGCUACCCGCCGCGGCCCUACCUGCCCGAGCACUACCACCCGCACCACCCGCAGCCGGACUACCCGGCCGAGGAGCCGCCUGCGAAGAAAGAGGCCGAAUGAUUGUCACCCAAACGCGUCGUCAAGAGACGGCGCAAGUCCUCCUCGAAGGACGCCCAGUGAAUAGACACUUAGUGCAUUCAAUGGUUUACUUCUAAGAACUAUAAGUGCUACUCCAAAGCACCGUUACGUUAAUGUUAGAAUGUCUGCAUUGUUCUCAGGUGUAUGGUUUUGCUAUCGGGUAUUUUUUUGGCUACGGAGACUAGAUUUAACAGUUUCAUUAUUGAUUAGAAUUUUUCAUCUUAAAAUUGCGUUGAGUGAUUCUGUUUACUGGAAAACAAUAUUUUGAGAAGGUUAACUGUGUCAAAUGUAAACACAAUUUAAUGUAGUAUAGGUAUCGGCUACUAAAAUAUGACCAUUUCUAUUAAUGUUAUGAUAUUGUAGGAAUAGUAAUGGUAAUAGGUUGACAUCGUUGAAGUAACGCGCUCUGUUUGCAAGUUGUAAUUCGUGCUUAAAUUAUGUACUUUAGGAAUAUGUCGACAUUUGUAUUUUGCAAAAUCAACUUUAUCAAAAUUAUGGGUUAUAAAAAGACUAUUGGAGAGUGCUUAGAAAUGUAAUUCUUAUAUACAAAAUAUGAUAAUUUUAUCUUGAUUUAGAGUAAGUAAUAAAUAAAAUUAAAUCAGGAAUUCACGGGAUAUUGUAUCCCCCACGUGAAUCCCUGACUUAAACAUCAAUACUUUAAAGUAAGUUAGACAUUUUGUAAUGUAUUUAUCGACGAUUUGUAUAAUAAACAAUAGUAGCGUAUAAAAAGGUGUUUAAAGUUGUAAAUGGUUAAUCACUUGUUAUUUUUGUAGGACAUGAUCGUGCACAAGAAAUCAUUAGUAAUUAAGGGUUGGAAAGUAUGUGAAACUUGACCUCCUAUAUGCUAGUAUUGUUUAUCAAUCUACUUUUAAAAUCACACUUUUUAAAGGUUAAUCUUUAACCUUUCUCGAUUUUCACUGACCAAGCUUUAUGCACACGUUUAAGUCUAAAGAAUUUAACCUACCAUGAAUUAGUUCAAAUUCAUAAAAAGUAAAUGUAAAUUUUCUGCCAAAUAUGAACAUUGGACCAAUAAUACUCAUGGUAUUGUUAGUCCAAACUCUUUACUGACGUAGCAAGGACUUUCCCACUUUUUUUCCCUGCCAAUUCAAUGGAGAAGUUGGCUUAGACGAAUCUAACAAAAUGUAAGUACACAACACGAAAGUGCACCUAAUUUCACAAUAACGUUCGGUUGAUAAGAAGUGUGUUUGUAAAAGUAGUUGUAUCCGGUUUAUCUGUCGUCCACCCGGUUGCUGCUGCGGCCGAACUGCGCGAUGACGGGCCGCCCGCUCAGGAUGGUGCCGUUCACUUCCUGCAUCGCCUGUAUCGCCACGUCUUCAUCUGGAUACAAUAAAUAGUUUGUAAUAAC